UAAAACUCACUUAUUAGAGUCUUGCGGUUAACGGUUGUUCAAUAAAUCCCUCCUCAAUUUUAUACACACCACUAUUUUUAGCAUGAUUGCAACCAUUCUUCCUCACCUAACAAAUUAUUGAAAAAAUCAGGGGUAGAGCCCAAAAAUCCACAAAAUAUCGCCGAUUUAGCUGCAAAGAUCCAAUUUUUAGCCUCAUUACCCGAAAAAGCUUCGAUCUUUGCCGCGAUGAAGAAGCAGAAAUCAAUCCCAGAACCCACCUUCAGCCGCUUCGAUCUCCUAUCAGAAGAGAUAGUAUUCACACUUCUUGAUUUCCUCGAAAACCCAGUUGAUAGGAAGUCGUUUUCUCUCGUUUGCCGCUCGUUUUACGACAUUGAGUCUCGCCACAGGAAGCUCCUGAAACCCCUUCGCUCGGAGCUGCUGAGCAAAGUUUUGCUCAGAUACCCUCAUGUUUCAAAUCUCGAUCUCUCUCUCUGUCCCAGAGUCACCGAUGCCACGCUUGAUGUUGUGUCGAGUUAUUGCAAGGAAACGCUGCGGUCGAUCAAUCUGUCUAGGUCCAAGUUUUUUGGGCAUGUGGGGCUGUCUAAUUUGGUGGUGAGUUGUGGGAAUUUGGUGGAGAUUGAUCUGUCGAAUGCGACAGAGCUUAAGGACUUGGCGGCUGCCACCAUAGCCGAAGCCAAGAACUUGGAGAAGCUGUGGUUGGUUAGGUGUAAGUCUAUUACUGACAUUGGGAUAGGUUGUAUUGCUGUGGGCUGUAGGAAGCUCAAGUUUCUCAGCUUGAAAUGGUGUUUGGGUGUUGGUGAUUUGGGGGUGGGGUUGAUUGCUGUCAAGUGUCAAGAUAUUCGAAGUUUGGAUCUUUCCUUCUUGCCGAUCACCAAUAAAUGCUUGUCGCAAGUCUUAGAGUUGAAGCGCCUUGAAGAUUUGGUUCUAGAAGGGUGUUUUGGAAUCGAUGAUGACAGCCUUGCAGCUCUCAACCAAGGAUGCAAAUCACUGGAGACCCUUGAUAUGUCGAGCUGUCAGAAAGUAAGUCAUGUGGGUUUAUCUUCUCUCACCACUGCUACUGCGAGUUUGAGGCAACUCAUCUUAUCAUAUGGUUCUCGCGUGGAUCUUGCUCUUGCUGAUAGUUUGCAAAAGCUUUCAAUGUUGCAAUCCAUAAAACUUGAUGGUUGCAAGGUUACGUGUUCGGGACUCAAAGCCAUUGGGAACUGGUGUGUAUCACUGAGUGAGAUAAGCUUAAGCAAGUGCUUAGGAGUGACAGAUGAAGGACUUUCCUCCCUUGUUACGAAGCAUAAAGACUUGAGAAAACUAGACAUCACCUGCUGCCGCAAAAUAACUAGUGCAUCGGUUGCCCAUAUAACAAAUUCUUGUACCUCCCUCGUUUCCCUCAAGAUGGAAUCGUGUACCUUGAUUCCAGCUGAGGCUUUUGUUUUGAUCGGGCAGCGGUGCCAGUUUCUGGAGGAGCUUGAUGUUACUGAUAAUGAAAUUGAUGACGAAGGUCUGAGAUCCAUCUCCACGUGCUCUCGACUCAGAAGCUUAAAACUUGGGAUCUGCCUGAAUAUAAGCGACGAGGGACUCAUCCACAUUGGCAUGUCUUGCUCAAAGCUCAAAGAGGUCGACUUAUACAGAUCUGAUGGAAUUGGUGAUUCUAGCAUCUCAGCCAUUGCUAGUGGCUGUCGUGACCUAGAAAUGAUCAACAUUGCAUAUUGUAAAUCCAUCACGGAUCGUUCCUUGAUGUCCUUGUCAAAAUGCUCGAAGCUGAACACACUAGAAACUCGGGGAUGCCUUCUUAUAACUCCAGUUGGUCUAGAAGCCAUCGCUAUGGGAUGCAAGCAACUCUCCAAGCUGGACAUAAAAAAGUGUCUCAACAUCGAUGAUGCUGGAAUGAUUUCUCUUGCCCGCUUCUCUCAAAACCUCAAACAGAUUAACUUUUCGUACACAUCGGUGACUGAUGUGGGGCUCGUCUCCCUCGCAAGUAUAAGCUGUUUACAGAGCAUGACCGUUCUCCAUGUGAGGGGCUUGACUCCCAGAGGGCUCGUGGCUGCACUCUUGGCGUGUGGCGGACUAACCAAAGUGAAGCUUCAGGCUUCGUUCAGAACCUCACUGCCAGAGCUUCUUGUGAAACAUCUAGAAGCCCGUGGCUGCACUUUCCUGUGGAGGGAUAAAGUAUUUCAGGAGGAGUUAGAUCCUAAGUGCUGGAAGCUUCAUUUUAACGAGAUAGAGUAACGAGAACCAGAAAACUGCAGAUUAAUAGCGAAUUGGCGAUCAUCUCGAAGCUGUAGAGAACGUGUUAAAGGUUCGUCCCGUUUCUUGAUUUUGUGAUAGGCGGUAGCACAAUUUUGAAUCAAGCAGUUGUUCGUCUCUCUUUGCUUUGGAAGAGGCAACAAUUUUGUUUAUUCGUUACCUUUUCGUGUUGCAGUCUCGUGUUCCAUUUCAUCAGUACAUGUCAUUCGGACAUCUAUAAUGUAUAUUGUACUUCCAAAAUUCCAUAAUAACCAUGUACUACUAUCAUAUUGUGUAUAUAUUCUCCUUAAUUUUGCAAA